GCACAUCCACUGCCUCUUAAAAGUGAGCUCAUCUGGCGCUGGUUGCAUUGAAGUCCUCCACCGUGCCUGAAGGAAGGAUGCUUUUGGGCACUGGGAACAUGGAGAGGAUGUGCUCUGCCCAGCUGUGUCUGGCAGUGCUGACCAUCUUGACCAUGACUCUGUGUGUCCCGUCCACGCAUGGAGACCCUUUUUUACUCCAAGAGAACCGAGUGCUUCCAGAGAGAGAAGACACAAAUCACCAGGACACAUUGCUGACUCUGCUUCUUAAUAAGAAAUACGCAUGGCGGAGGCCAGAAAAUAUCGACUGGGAGCUGGCAAAGAAAUUUGAAGAGCUUGAAGAGCUGGAGAAGUUGAAGGAUCAGCUCUCGACUGAGGACGGGUCAGAGGUGGCCUAUGCCUUGGAAAGUCUCUCAGCAUCCCAGCCCAAAAAACGCGCUUGCUUUUGGAAAUACUGCAUCUGAAGKCUUGUCAGGACAGGAGGAUGAGGAUGAGUCCUUCCCCACCCUGCCUUGCUGGGUAUCACCAUGUCAAGAGUUUGUUCUGUUCUCUCAUCGUGCUGCUCAUUUGGAUGCCAUCCUCCACGACUGCACCACAGCCAGGUGUGACAGGGACUGUGACAGGAGCUGGCAGCUCACUGCCACUCUCUGCUGCUCCUUCCUUCCAGGUCUAACCCACCACCAUCUUCUACUCAGAAGACGCUUCCCAAAUUUCUGUGCUGUCCUGUGUGUGCCCUUCAGGCUGCUGCCACUGCCCACUCUCCCCUUCUCACCAGGUCCCCUGAGGCCCCAAACUCUGACUCAGCUUCCCUGGGCUUGGGGCUCUGCCCACACGUGCAGAUGCUGCUCUCGGUGGUGUCUGGGUUUCCUGUCACCUCCUGAGCAGGGCUGUGCUGCCCUGGUGGCUGCAGUUGGGACAGGAAGGCAGGCUGGGGGUGAUGUGAAGGGCUCAGGGCUGCUGCCACAGCUUGCUGUGCACAGGGGAAGGCAGGCAGAGAGCUCUGGAUCCUUGGGGUAUCAUUCCAAUAAAG